AUGAAUUCCACUUAUUACUUUAGUGAUUUUUUAUUCCUAAAAACUGCAAAAUUUACAAUGUUCUGAAAACUAUUUUAGUUUUAAUGUUUAUCUGAAUUUAUAAUUUUGAGUUGUUUAAAUUAAUAAAGCAGGCGAAAAUCAUAGUUGACUUUGAUGCUAUGGGUACCGACUCCUUUCAAAAUCUCCUGGGCCAUAGAUAUAGAACACGAUAUAAAUCAGUGCCUUGUUUCGAAACAAAGAUUUCAACAAUGACUUCCAGCAACAACAAAUCUCUUGCUUCCUCGGCCAUCGAGGUGGAUGCUUUGGAUGAGUUGGCCCAGGAGCGGUUGGAAUGGGAGUCCCUGGUUCUUUGGCGUCGUCCGGUGAAGACCUUGAUGUACGGAACCCUGGAGGCAGGUCAAUUACUGAUAUCGUUCAUUGCCAAGCUGCUGAAUUUUUGGCUAUUGGGUGUUUUGCUGUUUCUGGCCAUGAUCUGUUUUCUGCCCGGACCACAUGCGGAUUUUGUGAAUUUCUGCCAGCAGAGGUUCGGAUUCGCCGUCUACUGGCUGGGAUUGGGAGUACUCUCAGCCGUGGGAUUUGGCACCGGACUGCACACCUUUCUGCUCUACCUGGGCCCACAUAUAGCGGCAGUCACUUUGGCCGCCUACGAGUGUCAGACGCUCGAUUUUCCAAGCCCACCUUAUCCAGAGAUGAAAGUCUGUCCACCGGAGCCGUAUAAACGCCAGUAUAUAGAUCUCUGGCUGAUUCUUUCGAAGGUUCGGCCGGAGUCACUGCUUUGGGGAUUAGGAACGGCUCUCGGCGAGUUGCCACCUUACUUUAUGGCCCGUAGAGCCAGGCUUUCCAGUAAGGAGUUGGGCGGAGCAGAGGCGGAAAAGCUAUUGGCAAGCAAGCGAAUGAGUGGAAACCUUAAUAUUUUCGAACGCGGCAAGCUAUUCAUGGAGCGGGUAAUGCGAAGAGUUGGCUUCUUGGGGAUUCUACUCUGCGCCAGUGUGCCUAAUCCGCUUUUUGACCUCGCUGGGAUCACUUGCGGCCACUUCCUGGUUCCCUUCUGGAAGUUUUUCGUGGCCACCCUGAUUGGCAAGGCAUUGGUCAAGGCCACAAUACAACAGGUGUUCGUGAUUGCCUCUCUUACGGAAAAUCUGGUGGAUAAGUUUGUGUCCUAUAUCGGACAAUUGCCGUUCAUGGGAUCCCCUUUGGAGCAGAUCAUCAAAGACGUUCUGCGGUCCACCAAGAUGCAGAUGCACGGAGAAGGAAAUUCCGAUUCUCUGACCUAUCUGGGUCUGAUAGUUCGGGCCUUUGAGCUGUGCGCCUUCAUCAUGGUCGCCUGUUUCGUGAUAUCCUCGUUGAACUGUCUGGCCCAAAUCCAUUGCAAACGGCGGCAAGAAAGAAAACGUAAGAUGCGAGAUCUGGAGCUAAUCCUAUAUGCCAAUGGAGAUUCCUCAUCAUUGGAGGAAUUCGCCGUCUAAGCGGCAGUUAAUAUAUUAUAUUUUUGUUUCUGAUGAGUAA